AUGACAGAAUCUAUUUCAAUCGAGCAGCAACUUGCAGUGCAGUCGAUAAGACGGUUCCUCAAGUCCAAGACGUCCUACGACGUUCUGCCGGUUUCCUACCGACUCAUUGUGAUGGACACUUCUUUGCUGGUGAAGAAGUCGCUGAAUAUUUUACUCCAAAACAACAUUGUAUCGGCACCGCUGUGGGACUCGAACACGUCGAAAUUCGCAGGGCUGCUGACGUCCUCGGAUUUCAUAAAUGUGAUUCAAUACUACUUCUCGAACCCAGACAAGUUUGAGCUUGUUGACAAGAUGCAAUUAGAUGGUCUAAAGGACAUAGAGCGUGCGAUUGGCGUAAGGCCACUCGACACAGGUUCAAUUCAUCCUUUCAAGCCACUGUAUGACGCCUGUUGUAAGAUGAUCGAGUCUCGUAGUCGCAGAAUCCCUCUGAUCGACCAAGACGAGGAAACGCAUCGUGAAAUCGUGGUAAGCGUUUUGACACAGUAUCGAAUUCUAAAAUUCGUGGCUCUCAACUGUCGUGAGACGCGGCACUUGAGAAGGGCUAUCGGGGAAUUGGGUAUUAUUACAGGGGGCCAGCUCUUAAGCUGCAACAUGCACACACCGGUAAUUGAUGUGAUCCAGCUGCUCACACAAGGGGGCGUGUCCAGCGUACCGAUUUUGGACGACCAACGCCGUCUCAUCAACGUUUACGAGGCGGUCGAUGUUCUCGGGCUCAUUAAGGGCGGCAUGUACAACGAUCUUUCUCUCAGCGUGGGCGAAGCACUUAUGCGGCGAUCGGAGGAUUUCGAAGGGGUCUACACCUGCACGAAGAACGACAAGCUCUUCACCAUCAUGGACACCAUUCGCAAAUCUCGAGUUCACCGUUUCUUUGUCGUUGACGACCAAGGCCUAUUGACCGGCGUGCUGACUUUGAGCGAUAUACUAAAAUACAUACUGUUUGAAGAAAACUGA